AUGGAGGAAGGAAUUAAAAUCAGCUUAAACAUGGAGAACAAGAAGAUUUUGAUGCAACGAUACGAAAUAGGAAAAUUGCUCGGACAGGGCACAUUUGCAAAGGUCUAUCAUGCCCGAAAACUGAAAACCAAAAAAAGUGUUGCAGUGAAGGUGAUUGAGAAAGGUGGUGAGCUUUUCAAUAAGAUUGCAAAAGGGAGGUUGAAAGAGGAAGCCGCUAGAAAAUAUUUCCAACAAUUAAUCGCAGCUGUUGAUUAUUGCCAUAGCCGAGGUGUCUAUCAUCGUGACCUAAAGCCAGAAAACCUCCUUCUAGAUGAAUCUGGCAACCUUAAAGUUACAGAUUUUGGAUUAAGCGCUUUGGUUGAUAGUAAAAGGAAUGAUGGUCUUUUGCAUACAACAUGUGGAACACCUGCUUAUGUUGCACCUGAGGUUAUUCACAAGAAAGGUUAUGAUGGCGAAAAGGCAGAUAUUUGGUCAUGUGGGGUGAUCUUAUUUGUUUUGCUUGCAGGUUAUCUUCCAUUUAAUGAUCCUAAUUUAAUGGGAAUGUACAGGAAAAUAAGUAAAGGGGAAUUCAAAUGUCCAUCUUGGUUCCCUCCUGAGGUCAAGAAAUUGCUUUCAAGAAUUCUUGACCCUAAUCCAAACACAAGGAUGACGUUAGACAAAAUCAUGGAAAAUCCUUGGUUUCAAAAGGGAUUCAAAAAGAUUGAGACCCACUAUAUUCCAAAAGGUUUUCUUGAUUCCGAAGAGGUGUUCAAAUAUAUAGAUAGUCCAAAGUGUAGUUGUACUGAUCUUAAAGGACUCGAAGAGAGAUCACUCACAAAAAGUUCCUCUAAUUUGAGUUCUUUGAAGCCUACGAGUAUGAAUGCUUUUGAUAUCAUUACGCUUUCUCAAGAGUUCAAUCUCUCUGGUUUAUUUGAGAACAAUGUUCCAAGUAAGAAAUCUGAGGCCCGUUUCACGACCAAAGAAUCAGCAUCAGCGAUUGUGUCUAAACUGGAAGAAGUGGCUUCAGUGGAGCAGUUUCAGAUUACGACAAUGGCAGAUGGAACAGUAAGGAUGCAAGGGUGCAAAGAAGGGAGAAAAGGGCAAUUGGCCAUUGAUGCUGAGAUAUUUCAAGUAACACCCUCCAUUCACGUGGUGGAGGUAAAGAAAUUGGCCGGCGACACCAUAGAAUAUGAAAGAUUCCGGGAUCAAGGAUUGAAGCCCAAAUUAAAAGACAUAGUUUGGACAUGGCAGGGUGAGCAACAAACAACAGAAACAAGUACCUCAGACCAAUCAUGA